AUGUUCGAGAAUGUCAGUGAGAACCUGGUCAAGUUGUUGGAACAAAACAAGCAGCCGAUGACCUGGGCACAUAUUCCGCCCCAACACAUGCCGGAAGUUUGCAAGGUGCUACGCACUUGGCAACGGGAGCCAGAAGACUGGUAUUCGACCAAACGGAUACGCAAGCUGGUCUCCAAGGAUAACCGCACUCAAAGCAGCAACCAGCAGUCUAUAUUCGGGAAACUCGAUCAGCGCUUCCCUGAAUGUCAGGAAGACCAUCAGCUGUUCAAGAUCUUCUCCGUCAUCUUGCCGACGCCUGAGGAUCUUAAGAAGAACGAGCCAGAGUUGCUUGAGUUGCUGAAGGACUACCGCCAAAAGAAGGAUGGAAGCAAGGAAGCCAUCAGCCACUACCUCGAUGAGAACUGGAAACCGAAUGUCACCCUUGUCGACGUAGACUGGGAAACGAAACGAGAAGACACGAAGCGGACCCCAGACAUGGGCUUUGACCCCACUGACGUUGCCGCCACGCUCUCGGACCAGUUCAAAUCGAUGCCUCUGCCCUCACCAGAUGGCCGAAGCAAGAAAUGCAUUAUGGACUAUAUUGGUUACUUCUUCGAAUUCACUACUUUGAGUGUUGCGUCACUCAAAAAGCAGAUCAUGAUUGAGAUCGGCCUGGGCGAGAUGGCGGAUUACAUGGAACGGAUACGGUACGACGCAUUUGAGACUGCUAGGGGGUCGUCAGCCACGAACUCUGCGGAGGCUAGUCGAUGGCCUCGCAAGUAUCAUGUCAUACACAUGAGCAACGUCCCCGAUUACGUUGGUGGACCCCUCACGUCCUUCCUCUACGGAGCGCCCUUGCUCGAGUCGGGAUCAGGUACAGGGCUGCUGUCCUGCGUACUAAGGAACCCUCCUGAAUGGAAGUCCUUGGACCAGUUUUUGUCUGAAUACCUUCUCAUGUACGAUCGGGAACUCAUCCACACACACUUCGGAGUGCGGCUGUCGAAGGAGACUCCCGAGAUGAACCUCGCCACCACCGGCCCUGGCCUGUACCCCCUGAUACCCUACUAUCUCUGGGAGAAGUCCCCAGUCGAACGAAGCGGUCUGGAGAAGCUCAUGUCCCGGCCAGCGUUCUUCAAGUGGAUGUAUGCCCACUUCCUGAAGAUAUGUCUCCCGCACCUGCGGCCCUUCACAUCCUUCACGAUGGUCUACGCGCCACUCAACCUGACUGUCUUCUUGAGACUCAUCUCUCACGUAGCGGAUCUGGGUUAUCCUGCCCACUGGCUCUCGGCACUGAUCGGUAGUCUUUGCGAGGGCGAGAUCACGACCACGGCCCGAGCGCCGCGUAACUUCGUACUCGACAAAGCCCAAGUGGACAAAAUUCAUCCAUCGCGUACCAUGUCGGUGAAGCCGUGGGCGGCCGAAUUCAGCACGCUUGUUACUCUUUGGCGCGAGCUCUUACCGUUUGGUCUGCUCUAUGGCGGACUCCCCGCGUACGAGAGCGUUACGGAGUAUUCUAUCAAGUUUCCCGAAGUCCAUGGCUUCGGUCUGCACGUCACUCAUUUUAUGCCAAUGUUCUGGAACCAGAAUGCAUUCGGGAGACCUGCGCAGGGACCUGAAGGUUCUCGAUCCCUCCUGCUGGAUGACGAAGAAGGAGACACGUCCGAUAACGCGAAGAAGAUCAGGCAAGAAGCGGUACGUGUCAUGACGACAUUUGACUGGAAGAUGGACACGAGGACGAUCACUUUUUGGCUGAGGGACGAUGUCAUGGAACAGAUGAUCGAUGAGGAAUGGGAGGUUUAUAUCUGGAGGACGGAUGCCUGGUGCAGCCUGACUAAGGGGCUGGUGCUGCAACAUGCAAAUGUUGAGAGACGGCCUGUUAUCAGACCAUAG